UUCUCUGGGGAAAUUCUGGAACUUCCUGGGAUACUACAGGAGCCAUGUCACAGCUCCAGUGAGAGAGGACAGAGCACUCUGCAGCCAGACCCUGAAGCACUGCUGUCAGGCAUUGAAAGGCUGCUUCUUCUCUAAAGGAUUUCACCUCAGAGACGAAAAGAACACUCUGGACAUGGCCUCAGAGAUCCACAUGUUGAAACCCAUGUGCCUCAUUGAGAACACUAAGGCGAGGCUAGUGAUCAACCAGGAGGCUCUGAGCAUCCUGUCUGCCAUCAACCAGCCUGUGGUGGUGGUGGCGAUUGUGGGCCUCUAUCGCACUGGCAAAUCCUACCUGAUGAACAAGCUUGCUGGGAAGAGAUCAGGCUUCUCCCUGGGCUCCACUGUGCAGUCUCACACCAAGGGCAUCUGGAUGUGGUGUGUGCCUCACCCCAAAAAGGCAGGGCAAACCCUAGUUCUGCUUGACACUGAGGGCCUUGAAGAUGUUGAGAAGGGUGACAACCAGAACGACUGCUGGAUCUUUGCCUUGGCAGUCCUCCUCAGCAGCACCUUCAUCUACAACAGCAUAGGAACCAUCAAUCAGCAGGCCAUGGACCAACUGCACUAUGUGACAGAGCUGACUGAUCUUAUCAAGUCAAAGUCCUCACCUGAUCAGAGUGGGAUAGACGACUCUGCUAACUUUGUGGGCUUCUUUCCAACCUUUGUGUGGGCUCUGAGAGAUUUCUCCCUGGAGCUGGAAGUUAAUGGAAAACUGGUCACUGCUGAUGAAUACCUGGAGCAUUCGUUGACCCUGAAAAAAGGAGCUGAUAAGAACACUAAAAGAUUUAAUGAGCCUCGACUGUGCAUCAGGAAGUUCUUUCCAAAGAGGAAGUGCUUCAUCUUUGACAGGCCUGCUCAGAGGAAGCAACUCUGCAAACUGGAGACUCUGCCAGAGGAGCAGCUGUAUAGUGAAUUUGUAGAACAAGUUGCAGAAUUCACCUCUUACAUCUUCAACUACUCUGCUGUCAAGACUCUGUCUGGUGGCAUCAUAGUCAAUGGGCCACGUCUAAAGAGCCUGGUGCAGACCUAUGUCAGUGCCAUCAGCAGUGGGACUCUCCCCUGCAUGGAGAAUGCAGUCCUGACUUUGGCCCAAAUAGAGAACUCAGCAGCAGUACAAAAGGCCAUCACCUACUAUGAGGAACAGAUGAAUCAGAAGGUCCAGAUGCCCACAGAAACCCUCCAGGAACUGCUGGACCUGCACAGGCCUAUUGAGAGUGAGGCCAUUCAUGUCUUCCUGAAGAAUUCUUUCAAGGAUGUAGACCAAAAGUUCCAGACAGAACUAGGGAACCUGCUGGUAGCCAAGCGAGAUGCCUUUGUUAAGAAGAACAUGGACGUGUCGUCAGCUCGGUGCUCAGAUUUGCUGGAGGAUAUUUUUGGACCUCUGGAAGAAGAAGUAAAACAAGGGACAUUUUCUAAACCAGGAGGUUACUACCACUUCCUUCAGAAGAAACAGGAGUUAGAGAAAAAGUAUAACCAGGCUCCUGGGAAGGGGCUCCAGGCAGAAGCAAUGCUGAAAAAGUACUUUGAGUCCAAGGAAGAUGUUGUUGAAACACUUCUAAAGACGGAUCAGUCACUCACGGAGGCAGCAAAGGAGGUCGAAGCGGAACGUAUAAAGGCUGAAGCUGCUGAAGCUGCAAACAGAGAGCUAGAAGAAAAGCAGAAGAAGUUUGAGCUGAUGAUGCAGGAGAAGGAACAGAGUUACCAGGAGCAUGUGAAACAGCUGACAGAGAAGAUGAAGGAGGAACAACAAAGGUUAAGAGCAGAACAGGACAAAAUAAUAGCUCUUAAACUUCAGGAACAGGAAAAACUUCUCAGGGACGGAUUUGAGAAUGAGAGCAAGAAACUUCAUCAAGAGAUUGAUUAUAUGAAGAAAAGGCAAUCGUCUGGGAAAUGUACCAUACUCUGAAGGUCUGAGGCCCAAACCUCUCUGCCAAGCUUUCUUCAUCACAGAAUUUGUUGACUGAGCACCUCUGGCUUUGAAACAACUGUUAUGGAACUCGAUUCACCUCAGUUCAAAAUCAAUCACAUGCAACUCCAGUUUGGGGUCACUGUCUGACCACUGGGCAAUGCCAGAGGAAGUUCUGUGUACAGAAUGCAUGUAUGAGUGGAGGCUCAGGCAUCUGUGUUUUAUAGGUCCUCUUGCCAGCUACAUCUUUCUCCUGUAUAAUCUUAAGGUUUUUUUUCUGUCCUACAGUAAACUUCUGCAAUCACCGAGUAAGCAAAAUUUAACUGACUUGUAAAAUGAAUUUGGUUUCAUUUCUCUGAGGCUAUUUUACUACAAUGAUUCAAAACCAAAACCCUAUCUCCCCACUGUGACAUUUUGUCUUGAAACUUCUCAGGACAGAUGUCUUGCAAGACCAUGAGUUAAUAAAAAUGAAUAUCCCACUGUAAUGUUUCUAAAUAUGUAUU